CACAUCUGCACGAUUAUCAAACAUGCUGCGUCUCGUUUCGCUCCUUAUGUCGUGAAUCAGUUCAUAGUAAACACGAAUUCAAUCACUGGACAGUAGUGACGAGAGAAAUGGAGCUUUCCGAAACUUCGAGUCAAUUGAAUCAAAUGCUUUGCGAAUGAUUCACUGUUUCGGAUCAGCGCGCGCUGAGGAGACCUGCUGCUCCAAACAGUGUGCAUGCAAGGAUAACUCCUACUAAUCAACUACAAACGUUUCAUUAAAAGUGCAAUCUAUUACAUGUAAUCUACAGUUGAUUAAAUACCAAAUAUACGAUUUAAAUAUGACACAGCAGUGCACUGAUACUGAACUAGGGAGCUGAUGGAGAUGCACACAAAGACUUAGUUUGGGUUUAUUUUCUUUCUGUUUAUUUUCUCUCAUCUUAAACUUUACAGCGUGUCCAAACACACAGAGAAACUCCUGCUGAAGCACGUGACACACUUUUAUAAAGAUGGCGUUUAUCAAAGUGGAGAGUGAAGAGCUGAAGAUUGAAGAAGUAUUCAGAGUCAAACAAGAAGAACCUGAGGAACAAACAGACCUGAUGGCGCUGAAAAAGGAGAGUGAAGUACUAGAUGAAAUUCAAGAUAAAGAUCCGUAUAAGAAACAUGAUUUCAUAACUGGACAAAAAUCAAUUAGUUGCUCAGAGACUGAAAAGUCAUCCUCACAAAAAAGUGCUCAGAAGACUGGAACUAGAAGUCAAGUUACCUGCCAACACUGUGGAAAGAGUUUCAAACAACAUGGAAACUUUAAGGUCCACAUGAGAGUUCACACUGGUGAGAAGCCUUAUACAUGUCAACAGUGUGGAAAGUGUUUCACUCAAAAAGCAACCCUUAAAAGCCACAUGAAUGUUCACACCAGAGAGAAGCCUUACACAUGCCAACAGUGUGGAAACAGUUUCACACAGCAAGGAAGCUUUAACAGGCACAUGAUACUUCACACUGGAGAGAAGCCUUACACCUGCAAACUGUGUGGAAAGAGCUUCACUCAAAAAGGACACCUUAAAGUCCACAUGACAAAUCACACUGAAGGAAGCUCUUUCAUCUGCCAUCCGUGUGGGAAAAGUUUUAACAGAAAAGAAGACCUUGAAGUCCACAUGACAGAUCACUCUGAAGGAAGCUCUUUUACCUGCCAACAGUGUGGGAAAAGUUUUAACAGAAAAAAAAACCUUAACUCACACAUGAAAAUUCACACCGGAGAAAAGCCUUACAUAUGCCCUCAAUGUGGAAUAAGCUUCAACCAAAUAGGAAACCUUAACAGGCACAUGAGAACUCACACUGGAGAAAACCGUUUUACCUGCAAACUGUGUGGAAAAUGUUUCAUUCGAAAAGGAAACCUUAAUCACCACAUGAGAAUUCAUACCGGAGAAAAGCCUUACACAUGCCCUCAAUGUGGAAAGAAUUUUACACAUAAACAGACUUUUAACGUCCACAUUAGAAUUCACACCGGAGAGAAGCCUUACACCUGCAAACUGUGUGGAAAGAGCUUCACUCAAAAAGGACACCUUAAAAUCCACAUGACAAAUCACACUGAAGGAAGCUCUUUCACCUGCCAACAGUGCGGAAAAAGUUUUAACAAAAAAAGCAACCUUAAUUCCCACAUGAAAAUUCACACUGGAGAAAAUCCUUACUUGUGCCCUCAAUGUGGAAGGAGUUUUAUGCAUAAACAAACUCUGAAAGUCCACAUGAGAAUUCACACCGGAGGAAAGCCUUUCACAUGCCUUCAGCUUGAGAAGAGUUUCACAUAUCGAGAUCUGAAACGUAAUUUGCAAGCUCAUUCUGGAAAGAGUUCUGAAUGUGGUAAAAGAUUUAGAAAAAGGCGCCAUUUUAAAAACCACAUUCAGAUUCACUCUGGUGUAAGAUUAUUUAAUUGUGAUCAGUGCAAUAAAAAAUUUAUUUUACCAUCACAUUUACAGAUACACCUGAAAAGUCAUGCAGAUGUGAGACCCUAUUCUUGUUCUGUAUGUGGAAAGAGUUUCAAAUGGCUCAGCAAUUUAAAAUGGCACCAGAAAAUACGUAUCUGUUUAAAAUUAACUUGAGUUAAUGACAGCUUAUGGUUCUGUUGUAUUUGGUGCUCUUCGUUUUCAGAGCAAAAGAGGUUACUGCUACACAUGCUGCAGUUUUUCAGUUCAGUAUUCUUAAAGUCCAUGUAAAACAAUAUUAAAUUUGUGUUCUCAGUUUAUCACACCACAGAAAAAUGUAUUAACCACCCAGCCAAAUUUGAAUGAUAAAAAAACCCAAGUAAAUAGAAUAAGGUAUCAAAAGCUUGAAUAAAUAAGCAGUAUUCUCUGCUCUCAAAUGCUGGGGGCGUGUCUGCUGUCUGUGCUGAAACCACAGCCACUCACGGAAAAGCUGCCGUCUCUCUCAACUGUCAUAUACAACUACAACCUGAAUAGAUGCUCGUUCUAGCAGCUUAAUUUAAAUAAAGAGACUGUUGUUUUGUAAAUCAAAGCAACCAGGUAUUAUGCAUUUACGUGGUGAAGGCAUAGCUAGCUAGCAAACUGUAGGCAGUAAUAACUAACGGCAAUGACAGUUGACUAAAGCCCGGCUCACACUGUGUGAUUUUGGCCAUGAUUUGUUUGUCUGAAACAAAUUUUGAAAAUCCUAAAAGAUUCAUUUAAUCCUGGGCUAAAAUCUGUAGUCUUUGAUCGCUGGUUUGGCAUGUUCACUGACAGCCGAUUAAUGGUCGUUGCGAUCCUCCAACGAACUUCUGGCAGUGUCAAAAGAUUUGUUGCACAGUCCUGCAGUGUGACUUUUUCAACGAAAAACGUCAAACUGUCUUAGUUUUUCAAGACAAGCCAUCAGGAGUAAUGCCAGAGAUUUCUUCUAAGCGCAUAAACUCCGGCGCUCUCGUCCUCCGCUCACGGAAUUAAUAUGAUACGUUGCCUUUACUAUGAUAAACAGCAGUUGUGCCGGUGUUUUCAUGUGGGUGUGUAGUGCUGCUUACACUAUUCUUCUUAAAUACACCAGUAUUGCCACCAUUCAUAUACUUUUAAUGAUAGCCAACAUUACAGCCCCUUUCAAAAGCAUUAGAAACCGUCUGCUCUCUAUAGCUCUCAUGGUGCUUUGAUGUCAUACAACGAUCGGUCUGCAGCGCUGCUUCAAGUCCAACACACCUUUUAUAGUGUUAGAGGGGCCAUUCUCAGUGGCUCCAGUCCAUCAUCAAGACGAGAUUUCAGGCCCGCCUAAAACAUCCUGAAAAUUAAAAAAAAUGGUGAAAAACUAUUUAACACUCUAAGUGACCAACGGUCUCGCUACAUUUUGAUGUCAAAGACUGAUCGGUCUGCGCAGCGCUGCUUCAAUUACUACAUAGUUCAGUACUAGUUCACAGGCUUUGUAAAGUUUCAGCAGUGCAUUUCUAAUAUUUAUAAUGUUUAGAAACAAUUCUAUGAAUUGUCUUUACACAGACUUUAAUGUAGUAUUUUGCUCAUCAACAUCAUUGUAAUUAGAAAUCUUAAAGGAAAAGAUCACACACACAAGGUCACAUAUAUAUUAUUCAAAGUCAAAUUUAAAGUGUAAAACAUUUUAUGAAAAAUCAUAUAGGAAUAGAUUAGGUCAUAAUAUCUAUUAUCAUUAAUCAGAUAAGCAGGUUUGUGGGUGUUUUGCUGCCAUAACAUCAGUCAUCACGUUUUAAUUGAGAAAUUUGUUAAUAAAAACCUGUCUAAUGAGCUUAUUUUCUUGGCAACAUUAAUACAUGUUGACAAACUUUUACAAAGAAUUGCUUAAACUCACUUAAAAUAAUUCCGAAAGUCCUUUUGAGAAUAAAUUUUAAUUAUUUUGGUAUAUUUGUUGUUUCAUGUCUUUUUUGGUUUAUUGUUUAUUGAAUCAUAUUGGAAAAUAAAGUGUGUUCACUGGUUAACUGCAGUCUAGAUUUUUGUCCCCACCUACUCAGGUUUAUGUAUUUAAAGACUCUGUAGUUAUAACGUUUUUGUCUACUUGAUGAAGACCGAAAUGGUUGAAUGAUUUUUUACUAUUAACCUACAGUUUGAGAGCAUUUUGGCAAUGUGCUGUUCUUCAUAUAAAGGCUUUCUUGAAUGUCUGCUCUAAUUUUUAACUAUUAUUAUGCAUUUAUUUUUAAGUGCACAUACCAUUUUGUUAUGCAUGAGUGAAGACCUUCCAGGACUUCUGUUGCCAUUGAAAUGCUUUAAUUUUUUUAUUAAUUUAUUUUAUUUUUGUUGCCAAUUGUACGGUGCCAUGAUAUGGUUGGUUCACUUAGUUUUGUCGUGGCCACAUAGUAACUCGAGGGAACAUGAUAAUAUGUCAUGGUCACGAGAUAUUAAUUUGUGGGAACAUCAUAUUUACUCAUGGGAACGUCAUAUGUCGUGGCCACAAGAUCAUUUUGUUGAUGUAACAACAUGUCGUGGCAUCGAGAUGCAAUGUUGAGAAAACGACAUCCAUUUCUCGUGGCCACGAGUUUAAUGUGUAAACAAACUUGCAUGACCAUAGCAUCC